UGCACCGUCCAAACGUACACCGUGAUCAUGUCCAGUUAUUUCAGCGCAUCUCCUGUUGCCGUCGGCGUCGUUGCCAUUAGUUUCAUCCACCACAGACUCAUGUGUCCUGCCUGGUUCAUUCGGCCUGCAUCCGCCGCCAGCUCCUGCUCGUGCUCGUGCUCGUGCUCGUGCGUGUGGUGCCUGCGCACUGCAAAUCGAAACAGCUCUCGUGCAAUUGGCCGUGUUUGUGAUGUCUUGUCACACACCCGCCCAAAGAUCAUCACCGUCACGACUUACCUCUCCUAUUUCCCCUCCCCUAUCCGUUUCAUGCACGCUGUUCAAGCCUUUGUUUGUCCUCAUGUCCAGUGCUGGAAGCCGACUGACGACCGGUGUAACAGUCAUGCAGGACCUUCGAGAUCAUUCAAGUAUCACUUCAUGCUAUGUUUCAACUCUCUUACUGGCAAGUUGCAGGCAAAAUCCCUCACUGAACCCCGUUUGACACCGGGAGACCGUGUAUUCUUGGUCUGUCAAUGCGGGCGCCUGCAGUAGAUCUUGGACCAUCGUCUAUUCGAGCAUUUAGGGGUCUCAAAGUCCCUCGAUUCAAGGCUUGGUCUUUGCCCCUUUUCGAGUACUCAAUCCUCCUUCACGGAGCCUCCGUGAAGGAACAAUGAGAACUUUAAAAUAUCGUCACUCUCAAUUAGCAAUCAAAUCCCUCAUAUACUUCUCACAUAUAUUAUCUAUCCAUCGCCACCUUGCGUUUAAACGCCCCUAUCCGUCUUGCUCUUACCAUUUCUGCAGACGGCCAGCUUUGAGCUUUCCUGGUUAUCAAGUCGGGAGGUGAAGUGAGACUUG